AUGGCGGGCAAGGCAGGGGAGCCUCGCAUCCCCCCGGCCCUGCAGCACUCCCGGCUGAAGGCUGAGGAGAAAACCCUGGAUUUUGAGUUUGAGGUGCUCAGCGCCCAGUUUAACCGGCGGGGCCGCUACGCCCUGCGGCUCACCGUGGAGAACCUGCUGCUGCAGGGCUCCAGCGCCGGCGUCCAGCUCCGCGUUAACAGCGGGGAGGUCAUCCAGAGCAGCACUGGCACCACUGACACCAUCGAGCAGAGCUCCCUCAACCAGAUCUACUCCUUCCAGAGGAGGAAAUUCACCUUUACCCUGCCCAGAGGUUUCUGCAAGAACGACAAGAACCACGACGUGCGGCUCCGCAUCGAAGCCCUGCACUUCCCCGGGAGGGCAGAGAGGAUGAGCAGGCAGGUGGGCGAAGCCUUCUUCGCCAUCUAUCCCCGCACCAACCAGCCCCGGAUGAAGCUCUCUGCUGGGAGGGACGAGGACUGGUACCACUACAGCGCCGUGAUGGCUUUGCUGCGGGUGGGCAGCGAGCAGCCGGCCAUGCACUGUGGCCGGUUGGCCUUCACCACAUCCCUGCAUGAGCACCGGCCACCCACCAUGCUGGCUUCACCCCCAUCGCUCACCCCCAGCACCCAGGAGGAGGACCAGCAAGCAGCAGGCACAGCCCCAGCAUCCCCAACCCUGGACAUCCCCGGCCCCAGCUGCUCGCUCCGUACACCCGAGUCUGCUUACCACUCGCUGCCUGCCGAGGGCCAUGCUCGCUCCCCCAAGAAGCUGCAGGCUGACCCUGCACUCAGCUCCUCCCCGGAGCUCCCAGGUGACUCAGCAGAUGAGCAUCCUUCUUCCUCCUCCUCUUCCUCGGUGCCUGCCCCUGCUGCGCUGAGCCGCGGGAGCUUCCACCUCUCCUCACCAGGCUGCAGCCCGGAUCUGGCCCCCUCGCCGGUGCAGGUAUCCAAGUCCCCCGCCGGGACGGAGGAGCCCGGGUAUGCACCGGCAGCUGGCGGGGGACAUGUGGCCCGCAUGGGGAAGGAAGCCAUUGCCGUCACCCUCCACAGUGCCAGCAACCUGCCGGCCACGCGGGAUGGCCGGGUGCCGUGGCCAUACGUCGUCGUUAAGCCCAGCAGAGGGGAUGAGCAGAAGUCGGAGGCGACCCGUGCGUCCUCGGUGCCCACCCAUGCACCCACCUGGGAGGAGGAGGUGACGGUGGAAAUGGAUGCUGAAGAUGCGGACUGGGCAGCCCUGACUCUCACCGUGGCAGACAAAGCCACCAAGGAGGCGUUGGGGACCUUCCAGCUGCUGGUGCGGCACCUCCAGCCCUUCCAGCCCCACCACUGCAAGCUGGUGCUGCCGAGGCCGCGGGACCCCGCGGGGACCGUCCUGCACGUCACCGUCAUCCGCAAAGGGAGCUUCAUCCCUCGCUGCGAUGGACUGAGCUACGUGGCCUUGGAGGUACUGCUGCGGGGGCUGUCAGCCCCCCUGGCCACCCCCCCCGGGGCCCUCGUCGCCGUGGUCAGAGUUGUGACCAACGUUCAGGAGUACAAGCACCGCAUGGAGAAGCAUCCCAUCUCCUGUCCCGGCAUCAGCCCCACCAUCGUCCCAUUCCCAGACCCUCCGGCAGCAGCCUUCAGCAUCGCCCGAGCUGCCAACCACGGCUGCCCGCAGAUGUCCCGACCUGCCGGGCCCUCUGAGCAGCCGACCUGGGACACCUCCUUCCUCUUCCAAGGCCGAGACGUGGCCACCAUCUUCUCCGAAGACACCGCCCUGGCAAUCGAAUAUUAUCCGUACCAAGCCAUAUGGCAUGCUCCAGGCACCCUCGUUCCCGUGGGAUACUCGGUUCUGCCCCUCACCAGCCGUGUUUUCCGGGAGCUGGCGGCACGGAGCGGCGGGAUGCGCGUGGAUGGCCUCGCCAUGCAGGGCACGGACCUCAAAACCACGUCUGGGGCCAUCCCGACCGUGGGGCUCUGCCUGCAGCUCCUUCGAUCCGAGAGACCGGCAGCAUUCCUGACCCCGUCGGGCAGCGACGCCCUCCCCAGCCUGGAUCCCGCCGUCACCGGCACGCUCGAGAGGGGCGAAGAGCUGCGGGCAGCCCCUGUGCGCCCAUUUUAUUGCCAGCUCCACCGAGACGAUGCAUCCCUCCCGGCGGCUGACGCCGUGGCCAGCAUCCUGCCCGGAAAGCAGCCGUUCCUGUGUGGGACAGGAGCACUGUCAGAGGAGCAGAGGUCCCAGGACAUCGUCGGGGACCACCAGGAGCCGGUGAGUGCCGGGGAGACGGGAGGAGCGGGGGGCAGUGGGGGCACCGGAGGGGACAGUAGUGUCCCCGAGGUGGGUCCUGGCUCCCGUGGGGACCGAAGCCAGGCUGCUGGCGGCUCUACGCUGCCGGAGGUGAGCAGCUACCGCCUGGCACUGAAGCGGAUGGCUGGGGACCUCCUGUCCCUGCGCCAGCACGUCACCAGCCUAGAGGUGGAGAACGGGCACCUGCGUCGCAGCCUGGCCUCGCAGGAGGAGCUGGGCCAUGCUCUGCUCGCCGACACGGACCUGGAUGUCAUGACCCGGGAGGAGCUGCUGGACAGGCUCACCACCCUGAAGCGCAAGCUGGUGGCCCGCACGGCGGAGAUGAAGAGGCUGAAGGACCGUGUCCAACGGCUGCAGAAUGAGCUGAUCCGGAAAAACGAUCGGGAGAAGGACCUGGUGUUGCUCCAGCAAGCCCACCAGCAGCAACAAACCACGCUGAGGAGGUGCCAGGAGAAGGUGGCCAAGACAAAGGGCUUGGAGGAGACGGUGCGGCAACAGGAGAAGGUGAUCGAGGCGAUGGAGCGGAUGCUGCAGAAGAAGCUCGCCGGGGUGGGCAGGAGCGCUGAGAAGCCAGCGGGCGAAGCCCUCUCCGGGGAGGCGUACGCCGCACUGCUGGCCGAGAACCACAGGCUGCGGGAGGAGCUGGCGAGACCCCCCCACCCCUCGCCCCCCAUCGCCCCGCGGCCCCCAGCCUUGCCGGGUGUUUUUGGGGGCACGGAGAAGCUGACUCUGCUGGCCAGGCUGGAGGAAGCCCAAGCCCGCGGGCGGGUGCUGGAGAGGCAGCUGGAGGAGGCGGCGAGGAGGUGGGGACGGGAGAAGCAGGAGCUCGGCACUCGUCUGCUGGAGCGGGAGCACGGCUUCCCCCAUGCCCCCGCCUCGAACCCAUCUGCGACCCCCACGGCCCCCCUGAGAAGACCCCAGACCCUGGCCCCCCUGCCCUAG